AUGCUUGACAUUCCUGCUGCAGGCACUAUCAUUCCAAAAGAAGAGAUAAAUAAAGCGCCAAUCUUGCAAAUAUAAGUAAAAUCAAAUUUAACAGAAUUUAAUUAGGUCAUUGAGGGUCUAGCUGUUGAGAAAAAUACUUAGCUCAGAAUCAAUGCUUGCGGAUUAAUCGGUUCCCGCAGAAAUAGGAGUGAUGGCUGUACUAUUAUAGGUUCCUAAGAGAACAAUGCCAAUGGAGAGAUUUUCAAUGAUUUUGUUAUUCCAAAUACUGAUGCAGGAAUUGGAAAGAGACAUAUGAUUAUCAAGUACAAUAUGGACAAUAAAAGUUAUUAUCUGAGGGAUUUAGGAGAUGGUUCUGGCACAUUCGUUAGACUAGAUGUACCAUUGGUAAAUUAACAUUGA